GGAUACACUUAAGUGAGAAGGAAAAGGGGAAAGUAUCCCAGAUGCCAUUAAUGCCUCUUACCCAUAAAAGAACAGGAUGGCAGGAUGCCUGUAUGGCCCAAAGAGCCAGAGGUAGCAAAUUAUGGGCAGAAGAAUUGCAACCAAGUGCUGGAAAAGGAAAGGUCUGCGAUCAGCUGUGUCAUCCAGCUCUCUGGUAUUUGCUUCUAAUGGGCACAAUUCAUUUUGCAAAGCAUCAGGCACUGAAAAGAAGACGCCUGCUGCUGGAAGUUGAUCAGAAGUAACACCCACAACUGUAAGAUUGCAGAUCAAGGCUAGUUCCAGAAACAAUGCCCAUGAUGAAUGAGAGGAGAAGAGAGAUCCAAGCCCAACUUGGCCAGGCCCAGCCUAGCCCAGCUCGUCCCAGCCCAAGAAAGUGAGGAUUCAAUGAGAAGAAACUGCAAGAGAAGAGCCUGUACCACAUUAUUCCCCAUGAAGUGCACUCAGUGAACUUCACCCUAUUCUUUAACCAAGUUACAAAAAGAGGUCUUUAAUCCCAUCCUUUACUUCUUAAAAGCUACAGUAAGUUCAUUAAUCAGACCAAUAUUAUUUCAGAACACCUGUAGUUUUUCAACCUAGUUGUUUGUGUCUUUUGUCUGUAAGGAUGUUAACUUUUAUUAAUUAACAUUUAUAAUCAUAAAUGUAGACUACAUGAGAUAAAAUAUAUAGAAUAUAAAUAACUAUUAGUUAGUUGUAUUCAUGAACAUCUUUGAGAAACAUUGAGAUGAUUUCCCUAACAUAAGAGUCUGGGGAAAAUGAAACUCUCACAUCUAUCUUGAAGGCUUAGGUGCCACUGAGGUGUUGUUUUAGCUCUCCUACCACUCCUUCCACCCAAUCCCGGCUACUUAUUGGGAAUGUGACCUCCCCAUUGGCUCCCUCAGACCUUUAAACUGCCUGCUUUGUGACAUCAUUCUCCCACCAAACUACCACCACCUGGUAGAAUCUUGGGGUUUCCCUGGAGUUGUCAGUAAAUAAAUUUGGAUCAUCGCAAGUGACCAGUAACCAGUGACCUUCGUACUGGACACAUGCAGUCUUUGGUUUCAGCUGCUCCAAUACCCUCUAGUAUCGGCUCCUUGCCCCUUGUAUCUGCAGUGGAUGUUUCUUCUUCUCUAACCAUGUCCGAAAAUUUCCAAAAUCCAUCUUUACUUGGAACUCCAAACUCUCUGCAGCUGUCUCUCCCUGUGGUGAGCAAUACAGCUUCCCUAACAGGAAGUGUCUGCAGCUUCUCCAGAGUGUCUGCUCCAGCUGUCAGUUCGGCAUGGCUACUGCCAUCAGCUUCUGGUUGUUCUUUCCAGCCACUCAUGGGUAGUGCCUACCUCUACCAACAUUCCGGUACAACUACGUUGUCUGGAGUUACUGGGCAGAGCCAGAGCUCCACAUCAGCUGCUUCCUAUCCUGGUAUUUUUCGGUGGGAUGUCAUGGGAAGCACUAAAAAGAAGUCAUCUUUAGUCAGAGACCUCACUGUGACUAUCAUUAACCAGGACACAAGUGUUUCUUCCAUGUCUAUGGCAGCCCAGUAUGACAAAACUUCAGAGGCCAAUAACAUGGUUCCUCUGUAUCCAUCACUUUCUGCCAGCCUUGUUCAGGGAACACCAUCUCAGAUUCCAAAUCAGGGACACAGCCUAUCACUUCCCUAUCAGGAAGGAAGCCAGGUAUACUACUAUAAUCAAGGCACACUGGGGCCUCUACUGUCUGGAGAACUUGGCCCCUGUCUGCAAUCCUAUGGCUCUGUGUCCUACACGGGAAGUAGGGCCUCUGCCCCUCAACCAGAAAUGGUGAUGGUACUCAAGGAGGUUCAGCCCACAAAUGUUCUACCACCAGCCUCUGAUUCUGGAAUAUACUACUCUGUGUCAGCUCAACCCAUCACAGAAACAAGUUUUCAAGUGAUGGAGACCUCCCUCGGGAUGGAGACGUCCCUAGGAUUGCAACCUCCAAGUCAGGCAUUUUGUCUGCCACAAACUCCAGAAUUCCCCAAGUCCUGCAGUAGCAGAAAUAUCCAGAUGCUUGAAAGUAACCCACCACCUGAACUUGGAGACAUCUCUAUGAUAGCUCCAGUCCAAAGUUCUAGUAAUGUCCUGGUACUGCCUCCAGCUCCCAGCCAGAAACAAACAGAGAAUAAGAAUUUGGAUGAUAUUAAAACCAAGCUUUCAAAGCCUCUGGAUGCCUACCAGAUCCCGAUAGAAAACCAAGAUCCUCCACUACUUCCUUUAGAAAUUCCUGAUAUUCACCACCUCUUGGCCUCCAUUGACCCUCCUGGUCAGGAGGAACAGCCUGGUUCUGAAGACACCGAUCUGGGAAAAAAUGGCCCGAGUCUUGAGAACCAAGGGAUCCUUGAAAAUGGGAUUGAAUCUAGUGGUGGUUUUGCAGAUGUAGCUACACUGGUGAGGGACAUUCAUCUUCCCCAGCUCUUUAAUUCCUUGAAAGACCUUGAUAAAUCCAAAGGUGCCAAGGCGAUCAAAGCCAAAGAUACCAGAGUCAUCAAGUUGAACCAGGUGCAAGAAAAGUCAAGUGUCAUAAAGGCUCCCUCUGAUCAAGUCAGGAAGAACAAACAUAAAGCCACCGAGCCUAUCAAUGGUGCUCCCAAGGCCAAAAUCCAGGCAAAAAACUCAGAGUGCCUGUUAGGGGGAGAUGUGGUUAUUUGCGAUGCUGUAGACAGUGACAGGGCUCCAGUGAACACGGCCAAGCAUUCCAACAGCAAAUCUCAGAAAGCUGCAUCCAGCAGGACCAGUAAAGCUAAGAGCCAUGGGCAGGAAAAGACCAAAAGGACCAGAGAAAACAACCCCAAGAAAGCUGAAGAAAGUAAGCAGUCAGGGAACAAAAUCAAGGCAGAAGAGAAGCCAACCAUUCCCAAGAUGAAGCGGAAGAAAAAUCAACCCGAGCUUAGUCAAGAGACCUUUAAGAAGCCUCGAAGCUGUCUAGGCAUGCACAUGUUGGAGUCUGUGCAGGUUUUUCAUGCACUGGGGAAGAAGAGUGAUAAGAAAACUGGACUGUCUUCCUCCCGGGCCCUGGUAAGCUCCAGCAACCCAAAAGAUGCCCGGCCAUCCCCAGCUAUCAAACCAUGGCUUAAUACUACACGUGAAGGUAAAGGUCCUGAGAAAAAUCAAAUCAAAGCCCAGAAACCAGACAGGGGUGCUGACGAAGAGUGUUCAUCUCCAUCCCAGUAUGAGCUGCCACCCCCUGGGAAGGUCAAGUUGGUGCCUUUGCCUUUUCCAAUCUUCGAGAAGCCUCGACCUCGACCUGUUCCACGGAGGCCACAGUCUCUGGCCUCACAUCGUUCUGCUGCGGCUCACCCUGCCAGGCCUGGUUCUACCAGCUCAGCUCAACCUGCUGCAGCCAACCUAUCCCGGCCGACUCCUGCCUCCUUGACAGGUCCUGCCAGGCCUGCUCGGCCAAUUUCAACCAAUCCCACACGGCCAAUUUCAACCAAUCCCACACGACCAGGUUUGACCAACCCUAUCCGGCCUAGUGUCCCGCAAUCUGCUGUCUCUAGGCCUGCACCCUACAAAACAUCAUCUUCCACUUCUCUCCAGCGGGAGCCCAUUCCCACUGCUGUGACCAAGCUCCAGUCUCCACCCAAACCUCAAAACCAAUUUCUACUCGAAGACUUCAGCUUGCAACCAAUUCCAUGGAGGAAACCCAAUGUUCCUGAGCCAGUGAUGUCAAAGCCCAUCACAGAAGAGCAGAGGCCAGAGCGGGAGGCCAUGAAGAGGCAGGCGCAGCUAGAGCGCGAGAAUGCUGCCAAAUACACUUCUUUGGGGAAAAUGCAAUUUUUCAUUGAGAGGGAAAAAGAAAUGGAAAUUUCUCAAUACUAUGGCUAUGCAAUAUAAGGGCUACUAGGAGUGUUGGUACCCAGAGGGGUUUAUUCAUAUUAUAGAUAGAUAUAAAUUCAUAUU